AUGUCCAAAACUGGCAGCAGUGGCAGCUUCCCAAGACGAGACGACAACGGCAUCAUGGCCAUUCAGAAAACAACAACCACCACCACCACAAAACCCACCAAACCCGGAGGCGGGAAAACCAGCGGCAAGUUCCUCGGCGGCCUCCUCCACAAAGUAGCCGACUGGGCCUCCACCUCGGAACCCUCCAUGCAAGCCCUCAACCAAUACAAACAAGAAGCCUUCCAGCGGGCGGGAGUAUCACCCAACGACAGCGAUCCUCACACGAAACUGCAUGCGCCUAUCGGUGAGAUCCCCGAGGACGCGAUAAGGCCGACGGCGGGGUCGACGCCGGAGGAGGUGCUCUUGCGGAAGAAGGCGGAGAGGAAGAGGAGGCAGAUGGAGGAGGAACAGCGGAGGGGGAGUAUAGGCGGAGGUGGGAGAGGAGGGUCUUCGUCUGUUAGGUCGGGGUCGGUGUCAAGUCCGACUAUGUCGUCUGGUGGUCUGAUGGGGUUCGGGACUGGGACUGGGACUGGGACUGGGACUGCUUCGUCGACGGUGGGGUCGGGGUCGAGUAGGAAGGGGUCGGUUUCGGGAGGGAGUAGUGCUGUGCCGUGGGAUACGAGUGGGUGGUGA